GACAUUUACGUCUUCUCUAAGGCAUGUUCAGUCAUAUGUUCAAUAAGUCCUAAAUGGUAUAAUGACAUCUAGGACUAGGCAACCAUCCGGGAUGUUUUCUAAGGAUUUGUAAGCGUGUCUAAAGGUCGUAGAUGCAUCUAAUGAGAGAGUGGAGCUGAUUCUUAUGUACAUCAAGAGUAUGAUACUGAUGAAUAGCCUAUAACAACCAACAUCUUCAUGACCCCUGGGUCGCGUCGCGAGCAGAGAACUAACAGAAAGGUCCGGCGGGAUUCGGAGGUGUUUCUGACGACUACAAGACUCCUCCGUCCGGUAUUACGGACCUCCUAUGUGGGUCCCAUAAGUCCCUUAUUUACAGAAUACUAUGUCCCUCAACGAACAGCAAGCUACGGAAUACUUGGCUUGGCAUAUCUGAUACAGUGCAUUCGGUCAUUUUAUACCCUAUGUCUCUACAGUACGCCGCCCACCAAUUAGCGCCCGCCUCAUUUGAGCACCAGGAACAGCGCAGCUCAGCUAUAUCUAUCUCGUCAGCUUGAAACAAAUCUCUGUAAUCGAUGACUAAAAUAGAGUCCGCCGUUUUCCUCAGCUCUAGGUUAUAUUUUACCGUAACAAUCGUUACGAUCAACUACGGCAUUUCAUGUGCAAGCUAGUAUCGUCCAAAUGAGCUAAGCUCAGCUGAGGAUGUGGCUAAUAAACACCGGGACUCACCAGCUAGAGUUCGUCAAUGAGCCAGAAGAAUAUACAUAUGCAAUAUUGUCGCACGCCUGGGAGGAUGACGAGGUAUCUUUCCAAGAUUUUCAAAUCCCUGGCAAGGCAUACAAGAAGAGAGGCUUUGAUAAGAUAAUACGCACAUGUCAACUUGCUGCUAGUCGCGACUUGCGAUAUGCUUGGGUCGAUACCUGCUGCAUCGACAAGUCUAGCAGUGCCGAGUUGUCCGAAGCAAUCAACUCCAUGUUUAAAUGGUAUAUGAAUUCUGCCGUUUGCUUCGUGUUCCUCUCUGACCUCCCACCCGGGUCAUCGUUUGAGGAUCACUUCCCGCGUUGCAGAUGGUUGACUCGGGGUUGGACCCUCCAGGAGAUAGUUGCCCCUAGAGCAGCGGAAUUUUAUGAUGCCAAGUGGGAGUUCAGGGGUCGUAAACCCGAAUUAAACGCCUUCCUCGCUAGUGUCACUAGAAUCGACUACGCGGUCUUGUGUGAUAGUCAAGCCAUGUUCGAGGUUCCCGUAGCAAGACGCAUGUCUUGGGCAUCGAUGAGGGAGACGACUAGGGUUGAGGAUAAGGCUUAUUGCCUACUGGGCAUAUUUGGUGUCAGCAUGCCAAUGUUAUAUGGUGAAGGUCCUAAGGCUUUCAUGCGAUUGCAAGAGGAGAUCGCAAAAGAGAGCAGCGACUUGUCGUUAUUUGCGUGGACAGGUUUACCGCCGAGUUUAGGCCCGGAAAGUCUGAUUCAACAGAGCUACCGAGGUAUCUUUGCCAGGUCUCCCAGGGAAUUUGCUCACGCUCACCACUUAAAACCGAGGAUCAAAGAUGCCAUCAUUGACACGGAGUUUGCUAUAACGAAUAAGGGUCUUCGGAUUGAGACUGCUCUCAUCAGUGUUCCUGGUGCCACUGACGAUCUCGUCUGGGACUUGGGUGUUUCCGAAAGGGAUGACUGGCCUAAGAAUAGGGCCGAUGGAUGGGUAGGCGUGUAUCUAGCCAAGACUGCCAAUGGCUAUGUCCGCUCAAAGCCGCACUCUCUCUUCAGAGCGGAACCUCAAAUGAGACGGUAUCGCGGUGAUAAUUCUCUCGUUUAUAUCCGCAAAGACCUUCGUACUUCUGAGUCAGAAACAGUUGAGAAUCGAUUUCGAGGAGCCAUCUGUGCCAACUUUUCAAAAGCUCCCUGUCAGAUUCUCGCGGCUGCUCCUCAACAACUCUGGGACUAUAACAGGAAUCUCUUUCUCAGUCAAGGGCAAGGAAUCAACGCUUAUUUUUUGCUAGGAUAUAGUAACACGGACAAUUACAGUUCGAGUACCCAGUUUAUUGUCGCGUUUUCUACUAUGGACGAGCCCCUCUGUUAUAUAUUUUCCGACCAACACCCACUUUUCAAGCAAGCAUGUCAGUUUAUGGAUACAGCGAGAGAAAUUACCUACUACGUCUCCGCGGACUACCUAAGAAUGCAAUUUCUACCUGGAAGGUUGUCAAUGCAGUCCUCGCCCGCUCUUUGUAGUAUCAGACAGCCACAGUCAAAUUCAGUAAUCAACUUUCAAGCUGAACUAAAACCACACAUCUUCCAAAAUCAGGCAUGUUUCAGCUUAGAGCUAGUCUUAGAGCAGGCUGUUCUCGAUAAUCCUGUUAACGCGCGAGGUAUUAGCAGUAUGAAUCUAUGUUAGAGGUCGUUCGGAGUAUCUUGCUAACACACUUCCCUCGUAUAUCCAAAUUCUCAAAAGAUGUUAAAGUACAAAAAUAUUUAAAAAGCCUUUAUAAUAAAGAUAGUGUCACUAAAACUACAUCUAAACAUGCUAUAAUCCGAAAAUAAUCGAAUCGGGAAAAGGAAGUGCAGCGGGGGAGUGAGUCUACGGGUCACGUGAUUGUUUACCAGGUAUUCCUCUAGGCUCUCACAGGUCUUUGUAAAAUGUGUCAGCUUAGUUUUAUGAAAUCGAUACUAUUAUCA